CUUUGCAUGCCGCCAACAUCGCGGCGGCUCAAAGCGCAACUAUAACAUUGGUCAAUGGUGCUACGACUGUGGUCGCAGUCACUGCUGCUCCUACGCCGGCGCCGAUCACCACCGAGGCUUCCUUCCCUGCUGUAGGCUCUGUUCCUAGGGAUUACAGCCCCGCGGGAUGGGAGAGUUUAUGGAGUUUGGUUGGCCCAGUGGAGACGCCUCCGAUCACAACGACGGUGGACCCCGUACUCCCAGAUGUCCUUCCUUCUCCCCCUCCGGCUCUUUACCCUUCGUGGUUUGCCCCCGAACCGGCGAAUAUCAUGCCUAACCUCCCUUUGCCGGCUGGCUUUAUUUUUGGCAUGUCUACUUCUGCCUAUCAGGUCGAAGGGGCUGUAAAGGAAGAUGGCAAAGGUCCUUCAGCUUGGGACUGGGCUACUAGGCAACCAGGUGGUACCACUGAUGGCUCGACUGCUGAUAUCACGGAUCUGCAGUACUACCUAUACAAGCUGGACGUAGCUCGUAUGGCUAACUUGGGCAUCAACGCACAUUCGUUCUCGAUCUCGUGGGCUCGAAUUUAUCCCUUCGGAGCAGCGGAUUCACCGGUCAAUCAAGCAGGCAUACAACAUUAUUCAGAUAUGAUCGACUACCAUCUGCAGAUGGGGGUGCAGCCAAUUGUAACGCUCUUCCACUGGGACACCCCUCUCGCGUUGGUUGCCUACUACGGCGGUUUCACGUCGCCGCAGAUUGUUGGCGAUUUCGUGAACUACGCCAAGACCGUCUUCGAAGCUUAUAAAGGAAGGGUAACGACAUGGUAUACCUUCAACGAGCCCCGAGUUUUCUGUGCGCAGAUAGCUACGUACCCAUUCAAUAUCUCACUUGCGGCCGGCGUGAAUUCUACGACUGCGCCCUUCCAAUGCUCGUACAAUGUCGUCAAGGCUCAUGUUGCCGUCGUCAAGGCCUUCCGAGAGAUGGGGAUACCUGGUGAAAUUGCAUACAAAAAUGAUGAUUUCGUCGGGACGCCGUGGCGGGCAAACAGUACUGACGAUAUCGAGGCAGUAGAGCGCCAUACCGCCUUCCAGAUCGGCGUAUUCUCCGAACCCAUCUACGGAACGGGUAACUGGCCCCAAAUUAUGUUGGAUACGUUGCCGCCUUCUUUCUUACCACGCUUCACUCCCGAAGAGAUCGCCGAAAAUAAGGGAACCGCUGACUUCUACGCGAUUGACGACUAUCGUGAUCAAUAUAUCGCUGCACCUCCGGAAGGUCUGGCUGCUUGCAUCAAUAACAUGACAGAUCCCAACUGGCCACAGUGCAACCAACUGGUGCAGUAUGACGUGAAUGGAUGGUCUGUCGGACCAAACCCGGAUCCGGAUAGUACAUCGUGGUUGCAGUCCACGCCUCAGAACCUCAGAUACUCCUUGCAACAGCUCCAAGCAAGGUGGCCCACAACCAAGAUUUAUAUUUCCGAAUUUGGUUUUGAUGAGCCGUAUGAGGCCAAUAGAACGGACUUGUACCUGAUCACAGAGGACGUUACAAGAACCAAUUAUUACAUGACGUACCUCGGGGAAGCUUUGUUGUCUAUCUACGCGGACGGUAUUCCAUUGAUGGGUACCUUUGCUUGGUCCAUUGUCGACAAUGCCGAAUGGAAUUACGGCUUCAGUGCUAGAUUCGGGAUCCAAUACCUGAACCACACCACGCUUACCAGGACGCCAAAACGAUCGGCGUUUGCUCUGUCGCAAUUCUUUGCCGCUCACUUGCAGAAGAACGCUACAGUGAACCCAUAAACGGUCUGCGACGAUCCUGACCAAAUUGGUCCGACUUUUGUGUCAUGCUGUUGGGAUUGAGAGAAUAUGAUGGUCAAAUACAAUCACAUCUGAUUUGCCAUCUGCAAU